ACACCUGAACAGGUAGAGGAUAGACAUGUACAACAAUAGCAGCGAUGCAGGUGAACUAUCGCAGGACGUGAUACUGUACCGCCUGGUCCAUGGCUAUAUCGCAGGGGGACUGUGCCUCCUCGGGGUAGUUCUCAAUAUAAUAAACGCCAUUGUCUGGUGCAAGCAGGAGAUUAAGACGUGUACCAAUUUCCUCCUCACAUUUCUUGCAUUUGCAGAUGGACUGUCGUUAUUUUUCUAUUUUAUGUACGUGACGUAUUUCUUUGUUGUUACUAGUCCCAGCAAACUCACCUAUCACUCCAAGUCUGGGAUGUAUCUGGUUGUGAUAUGUUUCCAUGAAUUUAUUGCCUUCCAUACUUUUUCCAAUUGGCUCAUCAUUUCACUCGCCAUAUUUCGUUACUUAGGAGUAUGCCAUAAUAAAAUUUCCAAGCAAUACUGUACAAGGUGGCGAGCGAAGGUAACGGUGAUAUCUGUUUUCGCGGCGACCUCCCUGGCCACGGUGCCGUUCUACCUUUAUUAUGAGGUAUACCAUUCCACGGACCAAGAAAGUGUUAAAGGGUAUUGGAUUCGGAAGACAGUGUUCGUAAAGACAAAUAUAGUCUACCAAACAGUUCUACUGUGGCUCUACGGAGUGAUUUUCAAAGUUCUGCCUAGUUUAGCAAUGAUUGUACUUUGUUUGAUAAUGAUCCAUAAAAUUAGACAAGCUAAACAACGAAACAACACGUUAAACCGAGAAUCUCAUCCGUCCGCCAUUGCAUCACAACGUUACAGACGGUCCACUCUGAUGCUCAUCAUCAUAGUAACCGUCUACUUCCUGACAGAGUUGCCAGUCGGGAUUGUGGCCUUUUUGUCGGGCUUGGAGGGUGGGGAGAGCCAUUUUUUUUAUUUCCUUCUGUAUUCACACGUUGGGGACAUUAUAGACUUAACUGCCCUCUUCAACAGCUGCGUUAACUUUUUUGUUUACAUCGCUAUGUGUAGUAAAUUCAGGAGUACCUUUCUGCAACUCGUGAAGAUAUGCAUUGGAUCGUUACUUUGUGGGGAUAGACGUUUCCUCAUUCAUCAAGGAAUCCAGUCAUCGAAUCCCAAGCCCCUGUCCUAUAAACGUCAUCGUGACACGCACAACCAACAGAAGAAGUUGGCAACCAAAUCCAUCAUCUUCCAAAACUGUUCUCUCUCCGUGCCUUCGUGUUCUUCUGUUUUACAAUGACGGUGGCGCCCAGAAUACAGCUUUGACUUGCCUUGAACAUUUUAAUUUGAGUUUGUUGUUAAUUGUCAUUGUUCUUACAUCUACAUUGACUUAUUACCCACAUUGCACGGAAGCAACUACAGUGACUUUCAUUGGCAAUGUUCGUUCAUUUGUAUAAAACGAUCUACUUUUUCUCCGACACUGUCUGUAGUAUCUAAUCAGCACGUUCUAGACUUCUAUGGAUUUCAUUUUAUACAAUGUAGAGCAAUGCGUAUAUGCGCAUCAGUCCUUUUAUCAAAAUAUUUUUAAUUAACCCGCUAAAAGCAGGUAGAUAUUACUGGAACUUCUAUCAAAGAUGUGCGACAACAAAGAUAUUUUGGUUACCCCAAUUCUUUGACGAAGAUUGCCAAGUAAUUGAUUUCUGAAUAAAAAGAGCCAAUUCUAAUUCUGGUCUUGACUGAAAAAAAAACUUUUCUAAAAUAAAAAGCGCGAUUAAGAACUGACUAAUAAAGAAUUACCCCAGAUA